AUGGAGAGCGACGAUGGACGAGCAGAUGGCAGAAGCAGUGGAGGGAAGGACACGAGCGUCUCACAAGACUCCUCGUCCUCUGGUCCUUUGCCGAGCGUCGACAAAAAGAGUACCUUGCAGGACUCCCAUAUGCAAGAUGAGACGGCAGAUUGUAACCUGAAUGAGAACGAUCCCGUGCAGUGCCUUCUCCACGAUGUCUGCACGACCUUGGGGUUCGUCUAUGCCGACCUCUGGCUGCGGCUGCCAGAGGAGGUCUUGUCGUCUUCCGAGCACGGAAGCGAUUAUGCAGACGCCACGAAUCACUCAGAGCAAGAUACAUCGACGAAGGGGGUAGGUGCUGAGUUCAGCAACUCUAGAUCGAACCCGCGCAACUCCGAUGCAAGGUCAAAGAGGAGCUUGAGCUACUUGCAUGGAAAGAAUGGAAGCAAAUCACACUUUCCGAGUAUUGUUUCCUUCGGACUUGUCUCGGAAGAGUCCCAUGGCGUCGAAGCCCGCAAGCAUGCUGAGCUCACAAGAAAUCUCUCGGACAAGUUGCGAUGGUCCGGGCAGUCGUACCUUCACGAUCUGAUUCUGCAAAUCGCAAUGGACUCGCAGAGCUGCGACGAUGACGUUCGCAGUCGCAUCAUGGCAAUGGAGGAGGUUGCGCGCGACGACGUCUGCAGUUACGACGAGGGGAGCGGGAUCGCGGGCAUGGCGUGGAGACAGCAGAAGCCUUUCUGGUACGACCUGGGGGAAGGAGAUGGUGGGAGCAGACCCGACGGGGACGGAGAAGCUUUGUUUGACGCUCGUCUGUCCCUUGCAAAUGGGUUCGCUCAGAUGUCCAAGAGCGUCAAAGUUUUGGAGAUUCUCGCUCAAGGAUCCUGCGCUCUCUACUGGGCUUAUCACUUGAGGCUCGCGAAUUUGUCUUGGAUUCAACUUACACAGCAACGAGAGCAGAUGCAGGUUGCGUGUGAAGUCAGUAUCGGUUCGCAGAAGGACUCCAACCUCCCACCUGCUGCUCCAAAAGCCCUCGGCAAACGUUUUCGGCAUUUUUGGCGCAAAUAUCUCCGAAAGUUCAAAGGACAGAACGCAACUCCGCCUGGUCCUCAUACUUGGCAAUAUUCCCUGUGGUCGUUCAUCGGAACUUACUUGAGUCUCUUCAUUCUGACGUCUGUCAGCGAUUGGAUGAAAGGAAACACGAGCUACGGAGAAUAUUUCAAGCAAGACACUGAUGGAAACUGGGUGCAACACACCGGCUACGUCUUCCUCCUCAUAAACUCCAUGGGCGCAGUUUGUGCGAUGAUUGCAGCAGCUCCCGUGUCACCCUUAGCACAGGUCUGUUUGCAGUGGGAUGAGGAUGAUGAGGAUGAUGAUGAGGAUGAUGAGGAUGAUGAUGAUGAUGAUGGAGAUGAUGAUGAUGAUGGAGAUGAUGACGAUGAUGAUGAUGAUGAUGAUGAAGAUGAAGAUGACGAUGAUGGAGAUGAUGGAGAUGAUGAUGAUGAUGAUGAUGAUGAUGAUGAUGAUGGAGAUGAUGAUGAUGAUGAUGAUGAUGAUGGAGAUGAUGACUAUGAUGGAGAUGAUAUCUGCUGUGUUGGUGGCGAUCAUUAUGAGACAAUUCACACUUCGUUUCACACUGACAAUUUAUUUCAGCCAAGAAACGUAUUGUUCGGGCACAUCAUUGCAGUUACUGUCUCUAUCUCUCUCGACUAUCUGUGCAACCCGAGCUACCUCACCGCCGUCCCUCAGGUGGGUCAGAAGCCGGCAGCAGCUGGGCUUUGA